AUGGAGGCGGGCACCAAACUCGAGCGACUCGAGCGACUCGAGCGACUCGAGCGAUUCGACUCAGUCGACCGCCAGCAGCUGGAGAACCUCUUGGAAGAGCACCACGCUGCGCUGCGCAUGUCUGUGCUAAGUGCUUUCGAUCGCCUUUGCUGCCCUGUGCCAACUUUGGAAACUGAUGUGAGCGGACCUGUGCACUCUCCCUCCUCGCAGCCGGUGGAGCCGAGUGCUGCGGACCCACUGCCACUCAGCGACUUUUGGCACAAGGAGGCCGCUGUGGCGGGCACGGCUACGAAUGGGAGCUCUUCUGACUCCGAGAUGCCACUUCCUGCUGUUGAAGGAAAGAGGUCUGUUCAGCUGGUCCCCGAGGAGGUCGCAACAACUCGCACGCUGGUUUCCAUGCCUUCGCAAAGCAUACUUGGACUUGAGACCAUUGUGAGCAAAACCAGGCGGUACAUCGAUCUUGUGGCUGGCUUUCUGGUCCUUUCGAACUCUCUUGUGAUGAUGUUGGAAUUGGAGAUGGAGGGCCGAGCAGUGGGUUUGCAAUUGGGCCUGGGAGACGGCUCGGCAUGGGUUUUGGAAGAAGUAGAGCCCACCUUUCAAGGCGUGGACACUGCCUUUGUGUACGUUUUCCUGGUCGAGUUGCUCUUUAGGAUUUUGGCAGAGGGCCGCAACUUUUUCUUUGAUGCUGCCAACUGGUUUGACACAGUUCUGGUCCUGGUGGGCCUUGCCGACAUUUGGAUUAUUGUGCCAGUCACUACAGGUGGCAGCACGGAUCCGCAGAACAUUGUCAUGAUGCGCUUGUUCCGUGCAGUGAAAUGCUUGCGAGCUAUCCGUAUGGUUCGGACUUUCCGCUUGUUUCGCGGCCUGAACUUGCUGGUAAAGGCCUGUCAAUGCUUUCUACCAUCCCUUGGCUGGUCAAUGGUGUUGCUCUUCGUCUUCAUGUCAAUGGGCACGUUGAUCAUGGGGAAUCUAUUGCGAAGCUUCAUUGAAGACCCAUCGAACUUGUUUGAAGAUCGUGUGUGGGUCUGGAACCGCUAUGGAACUGCAUAUCGGGCUAUGUACACACUCUACGAGGUGACCUUUGCUGGGAACUGGCCAACAAACGCCCGCCCAGUGUUGGAGAAAGUUAGCCAUGCCUUUGUGUUGUUUUACCUCGUGUACGUGACAGUCAUUGUCUUCGCAGUGAUACGUGUAAUUUCUGCAAUUUUUUUGAAAGACACCCUCGAUGCUGCUCACAACGACGCGGAAAAUUUGGUUUUUGACAGGUUGAAGAAGAAGGCGUCUUAUGUGCGCAAAUUGCAGGACAUAUUCAAAGCCAUUGAUAACACUUCGGACGGCAUGGUCACGGAAGACAAGUUGUCGAGUGUUCUGGCCAAUCCAACUGUGGCGGCCUACUUCCAUACAUUGGAUGUCGAUGUCGUGGACAGCGCGACCUUGUUUCACUUGCUCGAUAACGGCGAUGGCGAAAUGACUAUGGACGAAUUUGUUGAGGGAAUCCUCAGAUGCAAGGGCCCGGCACGGGCUAUGGACCAGGUCGCGAUUCGGGCCGAACUUGGCAAAUUGGACACGAAAGUGACGAAACUUACGCAAAAACUCAAAGAUGCAGGGCUGAUUUCGCCGUCGACCAGGACAAAACAGGAAGAAAAGGCUGGAACAGGUACGGCAUGACCAAGAGCCGCAGAGAUGCUGAUGUCGCAAACGCGCGGUAAGGUUGGGACCUUUGAAGACCAUCUGCAAAGAUGAAUUUCGCGGGGCAGGUGAAGCACUUCGAACCUAGCCUCACUUUUUCAUGGCAGGCGCCGUCCUUUGUUGGCGAACAAGUUUUGCAGCGAGGCCCUGUGUGAAUUUUCGGCCUUUUGUAGAAAGCAAACAAUAGUGCUUAUAUAGUGGGAGCAUGCUUGGCAUUUUC